UAGAAUCUUAACAAUAGUUUGAGGACUUAUUGCAAUUAAUUCUAAUUAAUUAUUACCAACUUGAAAAAGUAAAAGCUGCAUGUUCCAUGGAGAGAAAAAAAGCAAGACAAUUUGUGGCUUUGAGUGUGAGGUUCAUGAUGUUCGUAUAAUCAUCAAAGUUUUCAAGCAAAAAGCAACAGCUAAUAUCUAGCACUUCAUGCAUACAUACAUAUAUGUAUGUGUAUAACUUUACCAAAGCUUAUGGUAAAUAGAAUUCCAACGACACAUAUAGGUCUCAAACGGACCGGGAAAAGCUGCAGAUUGAGAUGGUUAAAUUAUCUUCGUCCCGACGUUCGACGCGGAAACAUCACUCUCGAAGAACAGCUUUUGAUUCUCGAACUUCAUUCUCAGUGGGGAAACCGAUGGUCGAAGAUUGCUCAACACUUGCCCGGAAGAACUGAUAAUGAGAUCAAAAACUAUUGGAGAACUCGUGUCCAAAAACAUGCGAAGCAACUUAAAUGUGACGUGAACAGCAAGCAAUUCAAGGACACUAUGCGUUAUCUAUGGAUGCCGAGGUUAGUCGAAAGAAUCCAAUCUUCCGUCGCCACUUUCACGACCACCGCCGCAGCCUCCGCCACUGCAGGACAAGUCGUUAUGCCUCAGGGGUUCGGGGGCGAACAAAUAACCCUAAGUUACACCACCACUGAAAAUUCCAGCACCGCAGCCUCGUCGGAGACUCACGUUUCGCCGGUUUCAGAUUUGUCCGAUUAUUAUGUUAACGUCCCGGUUAACGACAACCCGAAUCCAGACUACUUUCAAGCUAGUCAGAUUGGUUUCUCUCAUCAAUACUCAUCUUUUAUAAGUCCCACUUCUAAUUACUACAACCAUGGCAUGGAUUUCCAGCCAUGGCUAGAUGGAGCUGAUAUUUCAUCGGAUAAUUUCUUGAACUCUGAUGAUUUUUUGUUCUUACAGCAGCAGUUCAACUUCAACAUGUGAAAAUAUCAAUCAAAUAACUGGUGAUAAAAUGGAAGAUGAUCUAUAUAUAUAUAUAUAGUGAGAAAUGAAGUAAAUUUU